AUGUACAAAACUAGCUACUUACGAGAAGUUCAUAAAGAGAAGUAUGAAAGGUCUGAUGGCUUUGAUGAGCAAAGUCUUGUAGAUUUUGGCAGCCUUGGCUUAUCACAAGCACAUGGCCUGGAGAAUCUGCAGGAGCUGAAUGAAAGGUUUGCCAAUUACAUAAACCGAGCUAGGGUACUAGAGCAAAGAAAUGCCAUCUUCAGAAAGCAGCUGGAGACCUUCCAAAGGAUGGAUGAGAUCUCUGGCCUGGAAGAAGCUUUCGCAGAACAGAUUGAUCUGAAUCGGCAGAGGCUCCGUGAGUUGUCUUCUGAUCGGUCCAAGCUCGAAAGAGAGUACAAAGAUGCUCAGCGGAUGGUGGAUGAAUUUAAAAUAAAGUACAAAGAUGAAUGUGAAUAUCAGCUAUUCCUGAAAGAUAAUCUUGAGCGUCUUAAUAAGGAAGCCGAUGAAGCUUUACUGAGUAAUCUAGAACUUCAGAUUGAAUCUCAGUUCCUACAAGAUGACAUUAAUGCUGCAAAGGACCGAUAUAAAAAGAAUCUCAUGGAAAUUCAGACAUAUGUUAACAUAUUGCAACAAAUAAUCCAAACAACCCCUCCUGCGACGGCCAUCACUGUCGGCAUGUAUGAGGAAAAAUUAAUUUCUGAAAGAAGAAUUCCUAUACUACAAGGCCAACUUGAAGAAUAUAAGAGCAUGUUGUGUCAGCUCCAAUCGCAGAAGGUCAAGCUGCAGUCUGAGACUUCCAUGCUAGAACAAGCUAUUAAAAACACCCAGGAAAGCUACGACGAUGAGAUCCAGCUAUACAAUGAGCAGAUAGAAGUGUUCAGGAAGGGAAUCGAAGAAGCUGAAAGAAACCUGGAGAAGUACACCAAUGAUUGUCGCCAGCUGGUCAUAUACCAGCAAUCCUUGGAAAAUGAAUUGGAGAGAUACAAACGUAUUAUUGAGAAUGAAGACAACAGACUGAACUCUGCAAUAGUUGAAACCCCUAUCACACUUUUUAUGCAAAGUUACAAAACCUCUCUGAUAUCGACCACAAGAAGCAAAGAUAUCACUCUAGCUAUACAAGAUAUUGCUACAGCAAAACCAAGACAAAAGGGUGUACCAAGGAGGUCCAUAAGGAAAAAAGAACUGUCAAUGGACAAAAGUGAUGUUAGUAGUGAGGAUAAGACUGGGGAGAGUAAACAAGAGAGCUUAGAAAAGAGACAAACCAAAACCAAGUAUAGUAAUGCUGGAUCUGGUUUACCUGAGAAAGACUUUGAGAUGUUAGAACAAGACUUUAUUCCAGAAGAUGUACCAGAUGGAGCACAGAUAAGUAAAGCAUUAGAUAAACUAUGUAAUAUAGUACGAGAUAAAAUAAGAGUAUAUAAGAAGCCAGAACCUUCUCCAGAGUUUUACACCAAGGGGCGCUAUGUUCUUGUAACUGGUGAAUCAAGUUAUGUAGACCCUUUCUUCUGUUCUUCUGAUCCUCAAGCUGCAGGUAGGAUAACUGUUAGAGUAAUCCCCAAUAUAGUACCAGGAGAUGAUAUUGUACUACCAAUUCCAGAAUUACCUGAGCCUUCUGAGCCAUCAGAGAGCGAAGAUGAUGAUGCUGGUUCAGAUGGGAAAAUGGAAGAUGAUAAAGAAAUUGAUGAUACCCCUAAAGAUGAAGAUGGAAAGGAAAAGAAGGAAGACGAUAAAGAUCCAGAGGCUAAAGAUGAAGCCAAAAAGCAACCAGAUGUUAUAAAACCAGAUGAUACACAACACAGUUCUAGACAUUCUGGGAGUUCUUGGAGUUCUGGAAGUUCAAAUUCAGACACAGUUAAGUCUCAAACAAUGAGCAGAGGUCAAAAUGAUGACAAAGAAGACAAGAACCUAACACCAUUCAAAGGAAAAGGCUUCCCAAGCUCUAUGAGCUAUGAAAAGGUUGAAGUGGUGAAAUCGGUUGAGAAGAUUACAGACAAUAAAACCAAGAGUUAUGAAGAAACAGCAAUGAUCGUGGAAACUAUGAUUGAAAAGACAAGGAAAAAAUGAGAGAGAAUGGAUCCCAAAAGUAAAUUGAUGGUGUGUCUCUGAAAAGUUUUAUUGGUUUUUAGCACUAGGACAUAUUUACUGAAUGGUUGAAUAUAUUUCUUUACAUGGGGAUAGAUGAUGCAUUUAAGAUAUAUUAUUUUUAGGUUCUGGAAAGAAAUAAAACAGUUGAGUACAUGGACCAACUGGAAGCGAUUGCCCUGUAUUAUAGAUUUUUUUCUUAUUUAUGAACAGUUGGGGAAAAGCCAAUCUCUCUGCAUAAUCCUGUCCUUGGGAUUCCAUUGCUCUUUGAUUUAAGCUUGCUACAACUGGCUAAUUUGCUUUGAAAUAAAGACUUGGCUUCUGAAGAAUCAUUUACAAAUGCACUGAUAUAUUAUUGCAUGUACUCUUUUAUUUAUCAUAGUACAGAAGUACAUCUGCUCAUGUAAAUCAGGUCAUCUCUGUAAGGCUGGCUCAUCAUGACGGUCCCAGAAGUGAUCAUAUGUUGCAAAGGAAUUUCUCUAGAAUAUAUUUAUGAGCAACAAAAAUUGACUGACUUUGUGCUUAUUUUAGUGUAAUAUUCAGUCAAGGAGAAAAAUAUAAGUUAUUUUAUUAAUUGGACUUUGACCAGUAGUAAAGAA